AUGCUUCUUGGUCUUUCGCAUAAUCAACACUGGAGAUUCCGUUCAGUUAAUGAUAGUACUAAAUUAGAAAAGCUAACCGUAUAUAGUUAUGAUACUAAAUUGAAAGAGAAACAGGAUGCUUAUUCAAUGAAAGACGUAGUCCUCAUAGAUUUACAAGAAAAUAAUCUCCAUUCUUUAAAUGUAUAUAUCAAGGCCAUUAAUACUGUUAUGAAUGUUUCAUCUAUGCAACAAUGUAUUCAAAAGGAAUAUAUUAUACCUGUCGUUGCUGAUUGGCCUAAACAAAUCUACCUUAGGAUGGCCAUCUCUCAUUUUAUCUUAUAUC